AUGGAGUAUUUCGCAACAACUCCUAACGAACACAACGCCAUACUUUCAACUAUGGAGGUACCGUACAUAAAUUGGAUGAGAAACAUCAGUGUGUAUGAAACGCCUUCCCAGAUUUACCUUAUUGGUUCUGAUGCUUUGGAACGCCAUUUCCGAGUUCUCAAAAUCGAUCGGUCACCUGUUCCACUGGGCGAUGAUCUUUUGUGGAUGGAUAAGGAGCGCAUUGGUUCUGAAGCAACUGUUGAGGCAGAAACUUUGGUUGAUCGAAUAUGGCGUCUGAAUAUUAUAGAGGAUCCUCAUAUUUAUUCACAUUCAGAAGUGGCUCGGUUGCUACAUACCAUUCAGGCAGCUAAUCGGAGUUUUCAGUCAAAAGCUGUUAAUGAUAAAUCAGACGUAUCAAAUUCUCCUAAGUGGUCGCGUUUUGGUUCAUUUUUUUCAAAACGUCGCCCUCAAGAUCAUAUGUCUAAAAUUAAUGAGAACGUGGCUGUUAAUCCUAAUCCAGAUAUAUCCAAUGACUUAUCUUUCAAUGCAAAAGACUUACAACAAGCUGCUGCUUCAGCUCUUUACACUGGCAGUAGCAGACGUUCUCUAGUAUUAGCUGCGAAAUGUCAUGGAAUUGUUGGGGUCAUCCGAUUUCUUCGUGGUUAUUAUCUUAUUUUGAUUACUAAAUACUCAGUAGUUGCGCAGUUAGGUGAACAUCAAAUUUGUAAGGUUGAAGAUACUGCUAUGAUCUAUAUACCUGGCAAUGAUUUUGCAGAUGAAAGUGGAUACUUAAGCAAUAAUCGCAAAAGUCAUUACUCUUCGAAAUCUUCCUUAAAUAGUACAGAUCUUGAUGUCAAUACUUGUUCCAGCGAAGAUGAACAACAAACAGGAUUGUUUCAUUUUAUUAAAAGUUCCAUGGGACGCAAAAAGUUGUCAGGUGAUGAAAUACGGUAUUUAAAGUUAUUCAGUAGUGUGGAUUUGGCCAGUAAUUUUUACUUCAGUUACACGUAUGACUUAUCUCAUAGUCUACAAUACAAUUUGGAACCUACAUUUCUUUCGGAACAACAAAAAUGUGAUCAUCUCGUGACAUUAAAGUCAAUCCCUAAUGAUAAAUUUGUUUGGAAUUGGAGAUUGAUUCCACCAAAAUUUCGACCAUUCAAAAGUAAUUCUGUAACUUCUGUAAAUGAUCAACCUGAAUGGUUUACUCUAUUGUUUCAUGGUAGCGUUAGUCAAAUAGCAUUAUCUGCUUGUGGAAUGCCAAUUAUGAUUACUCUUAUUGCUCGUAGGUCAAGACAUUUUGCCGGACGCCGAUUUUUAAAACGCGGAGUUAAUUUAGUUGGUGAUGUUGCAAAUGAAGUGGAAACAGAACAAAUAGUACAUGACACUUCAUAUGCAUUCCUUCGUCAUGGACGUGUCUCUUCCUAUGUACAAAUGCGUGGAUCGGUACCAUUAUUUUGGUCGCAAGAAUCCUCUAAAGUUGUUGUUGGUAGACCACCUUUAGAAAUUUUACGUGAUGAUCCAUAUUAUGAAUCAAUGGGUUUACAUUUUGCCAGUUUACUUAAACGUCAUGGUUCUCCAUUAAUUGUACUCAAUCUGAUGAAAAAACGAGAGAAGAGAAAAUUUGAAACUACACUCUCUAGUGGAUAUGAACGUGGAAUUAUUUAUUUAAGUCAGUUCUUACCUUCCAGGAUUUCAAGGCCACCUAAUUCAUCUGAUUCCUUUGUUAUGGAAACAAUUGAUAGUAGUCCACCUAUCAUCUACAUUGGAUUCGAUAUUGCUCGUGUUCAAAAAAUGAAACGUACUGUUGUGUUGAAUGAAUUGCAGCCAAUCAUUGAUAAUUGUGUACGUCGCACUGGGAUAUACUUUUCAUCAUCUGCUUCUUUACCAAUCUCAGAUGUGAUAUUUGAAAAACAUAGAACAGUCGGUUUUAACUCCAAUCAAUACGGAAUAAUUCGAGUAAAUUGUGUUGAUUGUUUAGAUCGGACGAAUACAGCCCAAUUUGUGAUUGGUCGAGUUGUUCUUGGCUAUCAAUUGUACGGUUUAGGCUUUUUAGCUGAACCGGAUUUUAUGGAUAAUUCACAAAUUGAUCGCUUACUGCAAGAGUUAUAUGAUGAACAUGGAGAUACAUUAGCCCUACAGUAUGGUGGUAGUCAAUUGGUGCAUAAUAUAAACACAUAUCGCAAGACAAAGAAACUUUCUAGUCAUUCUCGAGAUUUUGUUCAAACAUUAUCUCGAUAUUACUCAAACAAAUUUUCCGAUUGGGAAAAACAAUGCGCAAUAAGUGUAUUCCUACGCGUGUUUCGCCCUAAUCUUUGGUCUGGUACACUGUAUGAUUUUAUAAAGGAACAUUUGAUACCAAGGUAUUAUUUAAAUGAAAGUUUAAAGUCGUCUUAUCAAUUGCAAGACAAGUUGGCAACCUUCCAUUCGGAUACAGAUCAACUUCUAGCUACUGUUGCCGCUUCCUUAUCUGGUUGUAUAUGGGAUAUGUGUAGUGACGCUUAUUUGCAUUGGUUAGAUGCUUGGUCACGAUUACCUAUUCAUCGCUUACCACUCACUGAUUGGUGUCCACGUGAUCUUUUGCAAUGUUUACCUAGAGGAAUGGAUAUAAAACAAAAAGCGAACGAUUUUUCUGAACAAUGUCUUGUUUUACCCUCUAAUGAUAUAAGAGUUGACUGGUUCCAUGAAUUUUAUAAACUAUCAUCCUAUGUUCGCUUGGAUCGUUUUCCAAAUUCACAAAUUCGUUCAGCUGAACUUAUUGUAGAACAUCGUACUGAUGAACAUAUAAUAUCUUCCCAUUCAUCAAAUGUACCACUGUGCAAUCGAAUAUGUUCAAAUAAUACUCCUGAAAAACAACAGACUACUCAAUUCACCUGUCCUACAAUAUCAGCGAUGCCUAUGGAUUUAGGACAUUCAAUAUGCGCUACACAUUCAUUUCCUAGUUUCACUGAUAUGUCAAAUUUUGAUUGGACAACUAGACGAAACAGUAUAUUAUGCAAAAUGCACCACGACAAUUCCUCCGCUAAUGAAACACUUGAUCAUUCAAAUAAAACAGAAGUAAAUAAAACAAAAAAAUGGAAAAGUGGGAAAAGCCAAUUGUCAAUAAAUACUAAGAAGAAAAAACCUGGGGAAAAUGGAAAAAAACUCGGCGAUGAUGGUGGUGAUGAUGAAGACGACGAUGAAGAUGAAUCCAGCAUAGAUAGUGAUGACGAGGAAUCGAUGGAAAAUUGUAUUAACAUCUUUCCACCUGGUGUAGAUAUCUUACGUAUAUCAACCGACUCUGAUCUUUCUCCAUCGAAGUUAAGGCGUUCAAUCGAUCAUAAUGGUGAGAGUAAAGGUUGUUCUACAAGUUAUUCUUACCUAAUGAGUACGUCAAAGCGUCAGAAACGAAAGCCUCCAAUAGCAGUUGGUCAGUUGACGAAAUCGAAACCAGAUUCUGAACAAAUCUACUCGAACAGUCUUUCAUUAUCUCAGACCACAACAAAUACAUCAUUAAGGAAUUUGUAUGAGGAUUAUCUUCGUACUGAUUUUACCAAACAACGAGAAAGAAUCGAUAAAUAUCAUGAAUAUGACUUGACAUCUCCUAAUCCUCUAUCAUCCAUAUCAGUAGAUAAGGAUUCAUUGGAAGUGUAUACGAAAUACGUGCAAAUGAGCAAUAUUGAUUCGUCCAGUAUACCUGUAAACAGUAUAAACAUUUACAAGGCAACAGCCUAUCUUUCUUUACAGUUACACUAUUGA